UCAGGGCGACUGUUGGAUUUGCAUGGAACUCAUGGAUACGUCGUUAGAUAUAUUUUACAAAUUUAUUCACGAGGUAUUGGAGGAAAGAAUACCCGAACGUAUUUUAGGAAAAAUUACCGUCGCUACUGUGAAGGCAUUAAAUUACCUCAAAGAGAAACUAAGAAUAAUACACAGGGACGUGAAACCUAGCAAUAUUCUAUUAGAUCGGCAUGGUAACAUAAAGCUCUGCGAUUUCGGUAUAUCAGGACAGUUGGUAGAUUCCAUCGCGCGGACUCGAGACGCUGGAUGUAGACCGUAUAUGGCU